CGAUACCUCAUCAUCCUCAAAUGCAAUUGGAGCGGACGGUCGAUAGCAAAACGCGGGAAUUCUUGAAUUAUUCGCAACGAUGCGCGUAUAAGGCAUUGAAGCGCUUGACGCCUAACAAAAAUCUAAAUUUCAAACCCGAAGUAUGGAAGGAAACGCCAGUGAGAUCGCGCGCUUCCACCGACAGAUCGAUAGCAGAUACAGACGAGUCGUCAGGAGCCGAGAGCAAGAGUCCUGAAUCCGAGAGCGGCAGUUCAGAAUUUUCUUUUUUCCGCGAAAUGCAAAGGAGAUUAAGAGAAACAUGGGCUACGAAAAUCGAGGAGCAGGGCGUCAAAUAUAAGCUGUUAAAGUCGGACUCCGGCAAAUCCUCUAUAGUUCCUGCGAAAUCGUUGACGAAGUCUGCCUUCAGCACGAAGUUCGCUAAGUACGAAACCUGGAGAGACCGUUCCGCGAACGUCCUAGACGCCAUCCCGAAGGUAUCGUGCUUUCGACGCAAGAACCGCGACAGGUGCUUAUCCUGCAUGCAUAAAUCCCUGUGCAAGACGGACGAAACUGAAGCUGUCAUCACGCAAGCGACACUGCCAACAGAAAUUGAAGCAAGAGACGUCAGCGAAUCGUCCAGCUCCGACGGACUUUCGAAAUUUCGUGAGGAAUUGCGAGAGAUAUUAUAUUCCCAGAGAAAGGAAAUUCUGAGGCGUCCGGAAAUGGUUGAAGAUGUGCCGAGCAAAUCAACGUCCCCGUCGCUUCAAGUGGAACAAGAAGAGAUUUCGAUAAAGAUCGACCCAAAUCAAUCUAAAGAUAAAGCACCGAAGCCCACUGAGAGCCUUCUAUCCAAAGAUCCGAAGAGCUUGAAAGCCACUUCCAGCUCGAUUUCGAUAUCGUCGGAUAUUGAACGAUCAAAAAUUUCGUCCUCGCAAGAGGCGCCUACCUCUGAUGACGAGACGUCAUCCCCCCUGGCACUAGAAAACGAUCCGUCUCAAUACAAAAAUAUGGCGCCUUGUCACCUGCCCACGAUCUUGCUGCCCAGCAUGGAACCUUUAAGAGCUCUGAGAUACAGAGAAGCUACUACCAUGGAGUCGCGAAUCGCGCUCAUGGAAAGCGCACCGUUGACAAAGGAGAAAUCCGAUGACGAAUAUUACGACGACGUGAAAAUCGCGGACACAACGAAGGAAAGAUCGUCGCCAUCGAAAACGACCGGCGGAAAACCUGAAGAUACUGGCGUGGAGAAGGAUACGCCCUCGAAGGCCCCGAGAGCCCUCUUGAAAGUUAAGUCGCAGCAACAACUGAUAUCGCCAAUCGUAGAAUCUGCCCAAAAGGGCGAGCUGAAGAGAGGAUACAGUUGCGCGAGCAUCAAGGAUUUAUCGGAGGAUUCUACGAGACGUACGUUCGAGAUUCCUCGAAGCGAGGCGGAAGGUAGACGAGGAAAGGUAAUCCCCUUCGAGGAGAUAGAUUCCGCGAAAGGGUCGACUUCCUCCGAGUCGGUGGAAGCAGAGGGGCGCGCGGAAUUACCGCUGUCGACGGUCGCCGAAGUCUCGCAAUUUUUAAAGAAAAUGAAUCGCGGUGAUGUGGCGACCGCGACCAUGCUGGAGAGCCUGGCGAACGAAUUCUCUUCGCGAAUGAUGAAACAAUACGACACCAGCACGGCGGCGGGGAAAAAACGCGCUAAACUAGCCGCGAGAUUAACGAAAUUGCUGGUGGAUUCGAAACGUUAUUUGAACCCCGAUAAAUUCCCGUCUGACCUUAUUUUCUCCGCGCAACAGCCUCCCGCUUGCAAUACCCGUCUGCUGAGACGCGUCCUGCCGCUCGAUUCCUACAAUCUCAUCGCUCCAUUAUUGGGCAUGCCGGUUUGGUACCCGAAAAGAGCCGUACGAAAAGAUGUCGGGGUACAUUACGACAUGGAAAAGGAAGAAGAAGAAAAAGAAGAAGAAGAAGAAACGGAAGGCGACAUUCCCUUCGAUCUGAUUGUGCAUCCCCCGACGACCAAAGACAUUUCGACGAACGGAGAUGAACAUAAAGUAGGUCAAGCCAGAUCGAAUCCUUACGCUCUCUUUUUGAAGAAACCGCGACGCAAGGUUGUCACUUGGCGUCCUUUAACUGCGGCCGACCUCAAAGGCUAUGAUCCCGAGGCCACUCUUGAGAUGAGGGCCAGAAAUAUUACAGACAGAAUAUGCCGUGACUUCUGCGAGUGGCUGCGCAGUUUAGGCGGCACCGACAAAGUUAUCGACGAGGAGGUCCUCAGAGAUAUGUUUGAAAUUGACUUUACGGGCGAGGCCAGCAGGACGAUGGAGAUGUCGAUAAGAGAAUUGCCGAUGGUGCCUAACGAAGUAGCGGCAGCGAGACAAUGUCAUGACGCGGGUGAGCUUGCCAUGACCAGGAAGCAUCUGAUCAGAGAUGCCAAAGCCGAGAGCAAACCGGCGAAAACAAUGGCGUUUGGCACCGCGAUACCCUGGCAGCUUCGAUUCGUACCGCCCGGAAAUCAGGUGAGACAGAGAUGGCUACGAUGCGAGAACGUGAUGAAGGAUCUGGAGACGAUGGACGUGGUCUGGAAGGAUAUAACGCACUUGGAGAGCGUCAAGGCUUUCGCAAAAUGGUUCAGCGAACGUUCGAAAACUUCGCUGCCGGAUGCGCUAAUAAAAGCAAUGACCGCCGAUUCCGCGAAACACGCCGUGGACGACGAGAUUCACGAGGCGUGGAAUCAGGAAACGAACGUCGAGCAAAUUGGCGGCUUUAAGGUCCGCGGCGCCCGUCAGAAUCCCGGCUCUGUUCUGUCGUUGCUCGACGAGUAAUUAACAGAGACGGGGGGAGAGAGAUCGGAAAGCGGCGUGGAAAGAAAUUGUCGAUGGACCCUCAAAGUUCCGCCAUCGCGCCUAUACACACUGGCGCCAAAUACGUUCGUGUAACCGAUACGACCGCAUGAUGACACGGGCGCAGAACGCCCAUUUCCUGUAUGCGGCGAACGGUUAGCCGCCGUGUAGCCGCCGUGGACGCUUCAAUCGCGAACAAUUCCCAGGGAAAUUUCGACAAACGUUCAAUUACGGGACCUAAUUUUCUGCUAAUGAUCGCCGCGCCUCGACCGUCCGGCGUAACGUGGAAAUGAAGAAUUUCUCUCGCCGAGGUUCCUACCUCCAAUCAAAAUGUAUGGAUCAUUAAAAGACGCGAACGGUUACCGGUCCAUCAUUUCUGAUUUGGCGUGUAGACUGGAUUAACAGCCUGAUUUCCCUCCCUCCCUCUCUCUCUCUCUCUCUCUGUCUCUCCCACGUACCACGUACACACGCGUACACACGGGUACACACGCACGACAAAUUAAUUCAUUGGCAACGCGGCGCAACCGACUAAUACUGUAUUUCGCUGCUCCAAUUAUCGAUCACUCAAGUCUCAUUGCGCUGAACUCCAUUAAAUACGUGCACGUAAUAACUGUAAUGUUAAUAAUCCUAUUUUCAUCCUUUAAUAAUAAUCUCUUAUCAGCACGCAAGAGACAAGUAAUCUGCGAAAUGUAUGCUUCCCUUCAUGUUUCGUGAAACAAAAGUGUACGGCGCUUGACACCUCCGAUACUUGUCGAUUUCGAUUAACGAGCCGUUGUAACGAACGCCAUUGCAAACAUAGGUAAUAACAUAAAGUGAUCCUAUAAAAAGAAGGAAUAAAAUGACAAUGGUGAAUAAAAAGCGGGUGGAUACCUGAAGCUGAACCAUAGAGCCGACGAUCUCGCAUCGACGAGUUGUCUAGCGAAAUAACGUAAACGAGCCGAUGAAAUAUUGGAAACGUAUCACGGACGCCGGAUGUCCUGACAGUGCUUCUGCUUACGACAGAAAACGCGCCUUAGACCCGCGGCAACGGAGGCAGCGAGGAGAGAAAAAAAAAAGAGGACGAGAAAGAGAGGGAGCGAGAAAAAAGCAAAAGCUCACCUCGUUCGCGAUAUAUCUUCCUUAUUGCGACGUAUCUCCCCGCCAUAAUUUCCUUCUCGUUUUUUUCCCCGCGGAAUACCGCGAUUCAAAUUAUAUCGCGUCAACGAGCGAAGAGUCAUUACGAGGCAACGAGGCAUCAUCAGGGUGACAUCGUGGCUGAAAUCAUGGUUGGGGGUUUCUUCGCCUCGGGUAUACGAGUCGGUAAACGAGAGAGAGAGAGAGAGUGAGAAAGAAAAAGAAAGGGAAGAAAGAGAGGAAGGGAGAGUCCAGAUUCACGAUACACGCCGGUCUGGACGGGUUCGCCGCGCGCUUCGAAUCCGGUUCUUCCCUGUUUGCCUUUAAUAUUUGUCUAACCUUUUUUGUCUCCCGUAUGUAGCGCAGCAUCCGACGCAUGAAACGUGCAUUAUUCACGCACACGUAUUCGCUAAAUAUUUGCACGCACGGUGGCACUUAUGUGGCAUACAAAAAAAGCGAUUAACCCGUUUUCCUUAAACGUUCCGUUUUUCCGCUGACUCUUUUCCCCAAAUAGGAUUUUUUAACGCAAUCAAACAUUGCCCUCAUAAUCUUGAUCGCGUCAUUAAUUAUACGAAAAGCCACGAUUCUAAUGCGACAUAAAAAUUGCCUGACAAAAGAUACAGUUUAUUAAAAAUUGAUAGAUGACGUUAAAUGUAAUCGUUUUUAUUAAUUUUAAUGUAAUUAAGAUAUAUUAUUUCGACAGGUCUUUUUAUAGGACAACGAAUCUGGGAAGAAACAACUGAUUUGAAAAGAAAGUUAGAUUAGCGUAUUUUUCGCUCAUAGUAACAAAACUGUUCACUCGUCCCGAUAUAACGAGGAUACUGCUGAAAAAUCUCGAACUUGAAAGAUACAUCCCUUAUUGUCUUUUUUUUACCUCCCCUUUCGAGAGAACUGCCCGGUGAGUCACGAACUUUACGAGAAAAAAAAGAAAACGAGGGAAAGAGAAGCUUUUAAAAAGAAGGCAGAAAGGGAAUCGGAAGCGCGCCGAGUACGUACUGGCGAGCGACUCGAUGGAAAGGGGAGGGAGGAGAGGGGGCGAAGAGAGAGAGAGUUUAGAGUCAUCAUUGGCCAUUGGCCAUUCGUUUCGCUCCACUUGCGACGAAGGAUCCCGCUCGACCGAGAAAUUUAACAAGGCGCACGCUCCCGACUGACAAUAGCCAACUUUCCUGACCCCCGCGCUCGCGUACCCGGAUUUUAAUUACUUCAAUUUGAACCCCAAGCUCGGCCCCGCGACGAAUACUCCAGCCGCCGAAUCUCACGAUCUCUCGGUCGAAUCGACGGACUCCGUUCGGCCGCGAAAAUAGAAUGCGCGAUGGACGGUGUUAGACAAAACUGAAUCAAUCCAGCGCACACGAACGCUGGUUUUCAUAUGAGUGCGCAGUUGUCUCCCGUUGUUUCGCGACUCAGCCUUGCGUGCAAAAUCAUAUCGCGCAUACAUUGCGAACUGCGAGUUAGAUCGAUGGAUUUUAUCACGCGCCGGUAUAUUCUCCUUUUCUCUCGCUCGAGUCUACCGUUCGCACGCUAUUCGCCGUCGCUUCUGCCAGCUUCGAUCACGAUUGUCUAAUAUUACCGAUCGUUUAUAAAUUAAAGCUAAGCCUGCGACUCGAUUUGUUCGUUGAUUUCGACUAAAACGACGCGAGAGGUACACUUCUCCGAGAUCGGGAAAUAUCGAUACGCAAUCCCGUCUCGCUGCAAUUGUCCCUCGGCCGUCCCCCGCCUAUGGGGGCGCCUUUAUUGCGUAAUACACCGUGAAUGUAAAAUAAGACGCGGCCGCUCGCACGCUGCUCGGUGAUUAUCGUUAUCGUUAUUGUGCGGCGCGCUCUUGGAAAAAAAAAGGGGGGAGAAAAAAACGGUACCGGAAGCGACACUUCGGUCACUUUAUUCAGUAGCAUUGCAUAUUCGACAGCCAUGCGCUCGCAAUACCGGGAGAAUCCUAAGCGCCCGAGAGUAAUCGAAUCGAUCGGCACCGCCUGUUUUCCUUCCCUGUCUCCCGUAAAAAUACCAGGCACGACUCGGACUCGCCGCAUCUCGCUUUAUCCUUGGAUUCUACAGGCGCACGAAUAUCUCACGAAUUCUUUAAUUUUUUAUACCAGGAAUAUUUAUGUAACGAGCACUUGAUAUAAACUUCCGCUAAAGAGAGAUCCAUUUGAGAUUAAUCGCAAAAAGUAAGACAUUUUUUAUUUAAACAUCGUCUACAUCAUUCGCAGCUUCGGAGUCUCAAAGUCCCAAAAGUUUCGUUUGAAUCUUAAUGAGCGUCAAGAGCAAAAUAAACGAUGGAGGCUAAAUCUAAGGUAAUUUUCCGAAUAUCAGCUGUAUUAGAUAUUCCGGAGAGACGGUCAGCAAGAUUUCGGAAAAUUAAACAGUCCAAAUUAACAAAAGAACGUUCGCAAAAUUCAGCAGAGACAAAGGAAAACGUGGCGAGUCUACGGUACCUUCGCACGUACAUACACGUGUCAUAGAUACGGAGCUGCAGGGCGAUCCGCUUCGUUACCUGCGUGCAAUGUACAACACGGAGAGUAAAACACACUGUCGCACGCACACCCAUUCACACAAAUCAAACGAGGAGCGCUUCCUGCCGGCUAUUCGUGCUCGUUCGAUCUAUUGUCAUAAAGUUUUGCGAUGGUGUGCGCGUCGUCGAUGCGGCACCUACGUAAACGUACGACCGCCAGCGGUGAAGUAACGAAUGAACGCGCGAUAAUCCAUAGAAGCUAUCAAAUUGAAACCGCAAUGCCCAUUGCUCAUGUUUCUCCAAUAUGUGGCCUUUUUUUCUACGUGCGUGUGUGCGUAUGCUCCGUAUAUUCCUAAUUAAAACUAUAAAUUUGCUUCUCGUGUCGUUAUUGAUCCAAAUAUACGUAUAGGUAUCAAAUCCAAUCGAAUUUUCCGAAACAUCCAGAUCUCGGUAUGAUGAGAUUGCGAUAUUUUUCUCUGUGGACGUUCUAUUUAAUAAAAUCGUUAAGAUGCAAAGUAGACGAUUCCGUAAGAACGCGUAAAUUAAGCGGAAAAUAGAUGAAAUUUGUGCGAAGCGAAGUAAGCAGUUACGUAAGCGGUACAAGAUAAAUGAACUUGCAAUUUUUCAGACUUUAAUUCAUUAAAUAAACACGCUUUGCGCAUAUCGUUACGUGUAUUUCUCGAAACUUGCAGCGAUUUUCAUUUAUAUCAAUUUCGAAGUGGAGGAACCACAUUUUCAAAAGAUCGAGUUUGCCUUAGUAAGAUAAGUAAUUGUUCUACUGCUAUUAUUUAAUCAUUUAAGGUCUGUUUGCACUAAUGUACUUUAAACUCGCUUAACUUUAACUUACUCUCUCUCUCUUUUUCUAAUUCUAAAAAUUGGAAAGGGAAGAGUAAGUUAAACCGAACGUAAGUAAAGUUAAGUUACAUUAAUGAGAAAACUCAGGUCUAACUCAGUCACUAAGUCUAUCGAAUAGCUUUGUCGUGCCAAGCAAAAAAAUCAGCGGCAGUGCACAGCGCUUGCCACGAUUUACCAUCAAAUUCGGGGAACUCUGCGCGACGUGAUUUCGUGCGGAGGAUUACCCACUCGUAAUGGACUUCGUUCAACAUCCGGUCGCAUCCGGAAGGCCGCGCCCGUCACGGUUGCCCCCGACGUCGUUACAUCAACCGAGCGGCGCGACGAGGAGCACGAUUCUCCCGUUUCGCUCGUGCGUCACGUAUUAUUAUUGUUAAAACUAUGCUGUGAGUCGAUGGCAGCUACAUGCGACUCACCGCGCGGCAGUCUACCGAUGUCCUUUGACCUGGUGGGAUUCCAAUAAACGGCGCGAGCGAGCGAACGAAACUCGAUCUGCAUUUUGAAUGGGGAGGAAGACACCGGUCGAGUCGCGGAGUGAAGAAUUUUUAAUCGUUAAUGCAAAUUUUAGUCAUCAACGUGUGCUUCGAGUGUCCUGUGAGCCAGUGCCUUUUUCCGGAUUUGUGCGCGUGUGUCUUUUUAUAUUUAUUAGACAACUCAGUUCAAUUAGAUCACGUUAAUCGCGCGUAAGGGAGCUUGAAAUGUUCGUACCUCGUUAAUGCAACGUGCCCGACGAUGUAAUUUCUGUAUCCUUUCCCACAUCCUUUCUACGGUUCGGUACAGAUGCAUAAUCUCAAUAACUGAAGCAACUGCAACGCGAAAGCAGUGAGCCGUUCUACGAGUGUGUGCGGGAGAAUGGACAUUCAAGUCUCGCAAGCCGCAGCACCGCAAAUGCACGUUUCUCCGACUGUUAAGCGCGUCGAGACGCACAGAGGAGCGCUUUACAGCGAAGCAAUUCGAGCGACGGUGAGGACACGUGACCGAGGAGCCUCAUCCGUUCAACGUAAGCAGAGCAAUUAGAAAAACUACAAUGUGAAAAAAAAAGGCGCGAGGAAAAAGCGUAAAAAAUGGUUUCUCGAGUCUUCCAGCCGGUUUAACAAAACCCUCGAUGGCAUUUUAGCUCUCUCGUUAUUGCAUGGGCUUGCAGCAUGAUAAUAAGCAUUAACGUCGUUCAACGUCUAGCAAGUAUAACGUUUCAACUAAUAGCUUUUAAGACGUUCGUAGCUUUAAAUCACGUUCGGGUAUUCAUCUAUUUUCUUAUUACAAUUUUCAAGCGUCUACGUAAGAUCAACUUUUUUUUAUCGCCUAUCGAUCGGUCAAACAACUUGAAAUAAACUUUCUGAACCGAUAUAUUUGAGUUCUUUGUUCCCUUUGACAAGUUUUUUGUUUUGCAUGUUAAUUAUCUUGAUAAUUAAUGAUUAAAAAAUUUCAAAAUAUAUAAUUCCAUUUAGACUCAACUAAGGAUGAUUUUGUUAUCUGUGCACACAAAGCGAUUUGCUAAAAUUUCAGUUUAGUUAGAGCAAUCAUUGUUGGCGCGACGAUUAAUGUUACUAUCGAAUUAACCUUGGGUUAAGCCGUCGUGUAAAUGGAAUUGCGAGACGACCGAGCGAAUUACCUGGUCGCCUCUAGGGCGGAUAUUACGCUGCACCGAAUUAUCGAUUGUGAAUUCAAAAAGCGAGCGCGCAAUCGGAGGGGAGUCUCAGGCACGAUGGCUUCCACGUACCGUCGAAUACUUCGAAAACUUAUUACGAACGAAGUCCCAAUUAAACUUCCCCCGUGAUUACUUCUCUAUAGGCGAGCGGUUACAAGAGCCCCCGAAGUCUGCUAAGUAUGCAAGACUCUCGAUGCAAGACCUAUGAUCUAGUUGCGGAGAAUUAAAAUUGCAAACGUUGACAAAUAUUUCAAAUGUUAUCAGACUGAUUAUUUACGAAUAUUGGUCCAGCUCUCUGCAAAAGUUUGUUUGUAACUUGCUUGCAUAUUACAGAGGAUUUAUAGAAAUUGUGAUGGCACAUCUUUACCAAAUAAUUUAAGGACAUCAAUAUUAAUUUUAACGACCUUAUUUAAGCUAUUUUUUAAAUUAAUUCCGACUUUUGUCUUGUUAUAAAUAAUUGUCAUUAUUUCUUGCAUAUAAAGUACGAGAAAGUCUUUCAGUACGGGCUCGGUUUAUAAAUAAACUUGGCUUCGUAGAGCUGGAUUACAUUGUAAUAUCGUGUCAUGCGAGUCGCCGUGAACCGCAAGCGUCUCAGUUAUCCAGUCGUAGGAAAGCUGGAUAACGUGGCGCACGGUCCUGGCUCUCUUGUCCCCGUUCGAUCCUUCCAGGACUCUAGGACGCGAGGUACUUCUCCGCCUGUUCCGUAUUGGAAUGCGGGUGUUACGGGGAAUCCAUAGAGAACUCGUACCGUCUGCAGGAGUGGUAGCGCAGACCGGUGUCAUCGCAGAGAAGGCCGCAAAGUGUAUUUACAUACCGAGCCUUGGUCAAAGCCUUUACUUUGCGCAACCGUUCACCAUGCACCCGAGACAUUCGCAACACCUAGAGCUCUUAUUCGACCGAAUUCAGAAUGAGCUCGUCCGGCUCGACGCAUCACGUUGCAAGAACCCGUUACCGCGAUAAUAGUUAUCAAGUCAAAUUUGCACCGUGUUCCCCGAAUUUCUUCAUUAAAUAUUGCGAUACGAGAGUAGAGAAGAGAAUCGGAAAGUCCAAUUUAAAGGGAUACUUAAAGAUAUGCGAUUGUUUUUGUUGAGAACAAAUUUAAAGUGUUUAAAAAAUUUCCAUUAAUUUUAAAAUAAAAACCAUGCAAUAUAAAUAAAUUUGUAUAUAGUAAUUAACAAAAACAUAUUUGUUUCAGUCGAGAAAUGGUAUAGAAUCGAUUAGUGACUCAUUCAGCAGAUUAGUCGCAGCUCGUGUUUUCUCUACAUUCCUAUUAAAACCAAUAAUUUAAAUAAAAAUAGAUAAUUGAAAUAUAGUGAGAUACAGCAUUUCCAGCAAAUACGUGAUCGAAAUCGUUAUGUGAUAAAAAAAUGAAAAAAAAAAUAUAUAUAUAUAUUUAAAUUCUGUUUGACCCGAGCAUUACAUAAAAUAAUAUCGAUCUUAAAUAUAUAUGGAAAACUCGGAAAUAAUAAAUGGCUUUGAAAGCAUACUCGCGCUCGAAAUCAAAUGGAUAUCGCCUUUUGAUGCAUUUAUUAAAACUCUAUAACUUUUGUACAAAAUAUUUUUUUUCAGACGCCUUGGAUCUUGAGAUAUUUUACUGGUUCCACUUUUUUCUUACCCUACAUAUAGUAUAUCGCUUAAAGCCGCAUUAUUCUACUGCAAAACUGACGUGUGCAGCAAAAUGGAACUUCGCCUCGCAGAAAUUGGUUCCUCGGUGAGUUUCUAGUGCAUCGGGAAAAUGUAUUUUUCCUUUUCUAUCCUGAGCUAUCUAUCGAUCGCCGGUACAGCUUUCUUUCUCAAAUUUCGCAUGCAUCCUCGGCGAUCGAUUGUUCGUCGCGGUGCAGUUAACGAGGGACAAAAUUGUCGUGAUAACGUUUGCAUUUUAGACGGGUGAGAGAAGCCUCGGUAGCCCCGGCAAACGGCAACGGCCCCGGGUCACAUUUUUCGCCAUUUUUAAAAGCUAUAAGCCCGUGAGGUCGGAUCAGGGUAAGCAUCCCGCGGCGAAAGCCGUGCUCGAACCGGCUCUCUGACAGGCGAAGGGGGGUAAUUGCGCGUCGGUGCUGACUUAUAGCUUCUAAAUCAGUGUCGGCCGGAUUCACCCCUUGUGCCAUCGCCUUGUGCCAAACAGCCUUUGCGAAACUUUCGGGAUAAAAUGAUGGUCGGUUUCACCGCCGCUCGAUUACGUGUCCACCGGACAUGCCCACUGAUGAGGACACGUUGAUCGAUUUAUUGCCAGAAAAUAAUAGGACACAUACGGUUGUCAUAAGCGUUGAAAAUUCAGAGAUAUUUAACUGUACAUAAUUUUUCAUCAUAACAUUUUUUUAUAUUUUUUCUUUUAGAAAGAAAUGUUAUAUUCUUAAAAAAAUUAAAAGACUCGUCAUUUGAAAAAAUGUAUCUAUCAAUUUCGACUCGGAUCAUUUAUCUCAGAGUGGCUUUCAGCGCCCUCCCAAAAACCGUUAAUAUCGCAAAACCCUUCGCUACGAAACGCUCCUACGCGAUUGCUAUCCAACAUCCCGCUGAUCCGCAAAGAUAUCCGCGACUAUCGUGCUUCGUCUGCAGGAAGGCGUCGACAGCCACUAAGCCGACCUCGUUGGCAAACAAUUAGCCAAGUUUCGAUCGUGCUCGCUUUCUAUCGCGAACGCGCCGCGAAUCCCUCGCGAGAGAGCGUUAGAGCCCGAGCUUUCGGCGCUAGAGUGGUUCAACUUUAUUAAACGAUAUUUCUCUAAUUAUCUCCGCGCCGAGCCGUGCAAGGCGCGGACCUCUAUCGUGUAGUUGCAACCAUGUUUACGGUGUGCGCGAGGAGGCGGGGGGGGGGGGACGUCUCGAAACUAUAAACAUUAAAAAGGAUCGUGAGGCGCCGAAGUUAGCACCCUCCUAGUUUGCCUCCACCUCCACCUGCGCCUUAUCCAUUUUCUUUUCUUUUUCCCUUCCUCAUCUCCUUCCUCUCUCGCGAAACUGAGGAA